AUGGCGGAUCUGCCAAGAUAUUCCCUUGUGGACCAGCUCCUACGUCUUCGUAGUGAAGCGUCACAACCAGAAUCUUCGCAACACCUCUCCGCCCUACUAUCCUCCCAUUCCGGCCCUUGGCCCAUCCACGAUCUAAUCCUAACUUUCCAAGAAAUCUACAAGUUCCUCCCCGAUUCCCUCAAAGCCAAGAGCGAUGAAUCGAUUUGUCGGCUCCGCGCACAAGUCAAAUUAGUCACACCCGACAUCGCGGAAUUGAUAGGAACAGACUCUCGUGCUGGAUUGAUUGAUGCCACCACCGGACAGAAUCUGACACAUAAUGCCAUCCGGCAAUUUUUGCAGAGCUUCCAGGUACCUGUGAGGUUAUCUGCUCAUGGAAAACCCCGCAUCGCGGUGGUUUUGCCUAAUGGCCCUCUUAUGGCGAUUGCAGUUCUAGCUUUUGCGAACAGAUAUACUAUGGUUCCUAUGGCAUCAAAUACUGUCCCAGAGCAGCUGCAAAUGGAUAUUGAUCAAGUUAAAGCUGAUGCCGUUGUCGCGCUGGACGCUGACAUUGGCAAGUUACGACUGGACAAUGGCACUCGCCCGGUGUUUGGUAUUGAGCACCUGGAAGACUUGACUUUUCGAGUGGUCUCUGCUCAAAAUGCCAUUGGUGCUUCCAAUAUUCCCCCUAAUACCGGAGAUGACAUUGCCAUUAUCCUUUUCACCAGUGGCACUAGCGGAAACAAGAAGCUGGUUCCGAUCACAACUUACAACCUCAUCUCGGGUACUAUCGCCACUAUCGAGUCGGUGGAGUUGUCAGAGACAGACAUAUGUCUCAACAUGAUGCCGCUGAACCAUGUUGGUGGUAUCGUCCGCAGUAUUCUCUCCCCAAUUAUCGCCGGUGGAGCCACAAUUUGCUGCCCUGCUUUCGACCCCAGCAUGUUCUGGGACGCCGUUCAAAGUACGCACAUGACACCUACUUGGUACUAUGCCACACCUACAAUGCAUCAGAUGAUUCUUGGUGAGGCCGAGCACCGUCCCGAUGCUUUCAAGCAAAGUGCGAUCCAGUUUAUCUGUAACGCCGGUGCUGGUCUCCCUCCCUCUCUAGCUGGACAGCUCCGUAAUACGUUCAAUUGUGUCAUUCUUCCCAGUUAUGGAAUGACUGAAUGUAUGCCUAUUGCUGCGCCACCAAAAGAUUACACGCUUGACCGCCAUGGAACAUCCGGACGGAUUGUUGGUCCUGAAGUGACAAUCCUGAGCGAGAGCGGCAAGCCAGUUCCACGAUGCAAGAUGCUAGGACACAUCUGCAUCCGUGGAUCACCCGCUUUUGAGGGCUACCUGACCCCGGAAGGCAAAAUCGACACCAGCGCAUUUGAUGAGUCAGGUUGGUUUGAUACUGGUGAUCUUGGAUACCUCGAUUCCGACAAUUAUUUGUACAUUACUGGUCGCAGCAAGGAGGUCAUCAACCGUGGCGGUGAAAUCAUCUCUCCUGUCGAAGUCGAAGACGCCGUGUUGACCACUGCCAAGCACCCUGGCUCCCCAUUAUAUGGCCGUGUUACUGAGAUACUGGCUUUCUCCGUCCCUGACGAGGUCCUACAAGAGGUCGUCGGUGUAGUGAUUGUCACAGCUCCCGGAGCCACCAGGCCUGAUCUACGCCAGAUCCAAGAAGCACUACAGCCUAUUCUGCACCAGCCUAAGUGGCCUACUCUGGUGGUCUAUAUGGACCGUGUUCCCAAGUCAAACAACAAGAUUCAGCGCAUCAAGCUCGCCCAGCGAUUGUCUCUAGAGCCCCUUAGUCCGACAACCCCUCUUGCGGACCGCCAUUUCGAAGCCGAGUGCCCACCAAAUGGCACUCCACUCAGCGUGUCCAUCUCCAAAAAGGCAUGCUUCAUUGACAACAAAUUUAUCCAUUCCGUUCUUGCAGAGAAAGCCAAUACUUCAGAGGUGCAUGUUCAGAUCAAUCCACGCGACGGCUUCCCGCAGGCUGUUGUCUUCGUUGACAACCCCGAUGACGAUCACGUAAAGCCGAGUGACCUUCAUGACCACCUGGAUGGUUAUCUUGUCCCCAGCCGAAUUACUCCUUUGAAGGGUCCAAUGCCUCUUGACUUCUACGGCAACCCCGACCAGGUCGCAAUCGACGAGUCAAUCCGCGCUCUCAAUACCGAAGGCGAUCUGUCCCCAGUUCAGCGCCGCACGCGUGAAAUAUUUGCUGGUGCCUUGUCUUGUGGAACUGAAGAUAUCUCUGCACUGACCGAUUUCUUUGCCGCUGGCGGUGACAGCCUUAGUGCUGGUCGUCUUGUUUCCCAGCUUCGUCGUGAGUUCGGUAUUUUCUUGGCCGGAGACAUUCUUUUCCACAACCCCACCAUUGGGGAUGUGGAGUGCAGGAUUAUCGAGGCUGUUGGAGUCAAAGCUGCCAAGGGCGACGACAAGAAAGUGGAGCUGCCCGGCUGCGAGAAAACAUACAGCAGCACAAACCCAACCAUAUUGUUCUUGCAUUUGUUCCCUGUUAUGUUCUUUUACCCCAUGAAGCGCGCCUUCCAGUGGCUUAUAUUUUCAUACGUUGUGGCUGAAUGUUCAACUCGCUUCCCCAUCCGGCAUCUACUCAUCGGACGUCUGAUCUUGAUCGUUUUGGCUGUUUUGUCUGCGCGUGUUGCUUCCCACAUCGUGUUCCCCUUCUGUGGUAUAAUUUUCAAAUGGCUCGUCAUCGGCCGUUACCAGGAAGGAAUGUACCCCAUGUGGGGACCGUACCAUACGCGUUGGUGGUUGACACAGAAAGCGUUGCAGGUGUGCGGCAAAGGAUUUUUUAACAACUACAACUGGUCUCGGGUACUCUUCUAUCGUCUUCUGGGUGCCAAGAUUGGCAAGAAUGUCACUAUCGUGCCGUCUGCUAAACUUGGUGAGUAUGACUUAAUCGAGAUCGGUGACAACGUUACCUUGGACACUUCCCAGUGUCGUCCAUUCGCUGUGGAGCGUAACACCUCCAUGCUCCUCAAGCGCAUCCGCAUUGGCAAAGAUUCAUCUGUUGGCACGAAAUCUAUCGUUGCGCCUGGUGCCGAUAUUCCGGAGAACACUUGCAUUGGUCCCAAUUCCUCGAGCUGGGAACUCCAUGACGCCGAUGAGUCAAACCGUAACCUGCUUAGCUCUCACAUCCCGCAGCCUCAUUGGAUCUGGUCUCUUCUCAUUGUAAAGCCCCUCAAGAUCUUGGUCUGGGUUUCUGCUCGCCUCACUUGGAUGGGUGGUCUCGUGCCUAUGGUAAGGCAGUACCCUGUGCCCUCGCCGGACAUGUUCCUUGCUACUCUCGAAUGGUACACUAGCGGACAACGAAUUGGUUUCCACAUCACGGCAAGAAUCUGCCGCGCUCUUGGUGGUCCCAUUGUGCUCUUCGUCGCCAUUUUGAUUGUCAAGGGUUUGGUCGAUCUCAUCUGCGGCAAGCCCAAGCCCGGUCCGGCCUCAAAGCAGACUACUCGUCAGAAAAUUCGGGCUGCUGUGCUCGCGCAGAUUCUGCCAGCUGGGGAUAUCCACGAACUAACGCGUCUUGUCGGUCGCCAUUAUGAGCUUGUGUCGAUGGCCGUCCGUGCUCUGGGGGGCAAGGUCGGCAAGCGUGUUUAUUGGCCCAGUGUGGGUCCCACUCUCCCUGACUUUGAUCUCAUCGAAGUUGGAAACGAUGUUGUUUUUGGCUCUCGCUCGACUCUGAUCACCUCCGAUGGCUCUGGUCGGGGCCGUAUCGUGAUUGGUGACGGCACUAUGGUUGGUGAUCGUGUCGUUGCUCUACCUGGUACCACCAUCGGCCGUGAAGCCAUGAUCGGUUCUGGUGCUUUACUCCGCCGUAAUGGUAACUUCCCAUCAAACACUGUUUGGACUGGUAGCAAGGGCGGCAAUGCCGUGCAGUUCCCCAGCUCCACCUCGACCACCAGCUCUACUGCUCCAACUGUCAUUGGAAGCAGUAGUAACAGUGCCACAGGUGGCAGUAGUGACGACGAAAAGCGGGCUACUGACAAAAUUGAUGAGAAACACACUGUGUCAGUUGGUAAGAGCAGAGCCGUCAGCGAGGGCACUGAAAAGGAUACCUGCAAGCCAUUUGGGCGCGCGUUCUACCACCAUGACGCCAAUUAUUACGUGCUCCGAAUCUGGCAGAUCGUCAUCUAUUCCGUUGUUUCCGUUGUUGUGGUUACUGUCUACUGGCUACUCACUGUCGUGUUUGCCCUCUUGGCUCUCCGCACUGCUCUAAGGUAUAGUAACGCCGCCGGGUUCACCAUCGGCCCUUGGCGCCCGUUUGUUCUGUAUGGUGUGCUCGCAUCGGUUCUCUCCGGUAUCAGUUGCGCCCAGACGUUCAUCGCUCUCGGUGUUGUUAUCUGCAUCAAAUGGGCAGUCAUGGGCCGCCGCACGGAAGGUGCUUUCCACUGGGACAAGAGCAGCUACAAUCAGCGCUGGCAAUUCCUUCUCUCCUGCGAGACUCUUAUCAAGGAUUGCUACGGCGGCUCGGGUCUCCUGCCGAUGCUUACUGGUACUGCCUACCUUUCCUGGUACUAUCAAUUCCUGGGCGCGAAGAUCGGAAAGGACUGUGCGAUCCACGCCAAUGGUACCCCCAAUGUCUUCUUCACUGAGCCUGACCUCCUCACUCUUGGUGACCGUGUCGCUGUUGACGACGCUAGUCUCGUUUGUCACUUGAAUUCUCGCGGCGGCUUCGAGUUGCAUACCCUGAAUGUCGGUGACCGUAGUAUCUUGCGUGCUGGAUCGCGCCUGAUGUCUGGUGCUUCGAUGGGUAAAGAUGCCUGUCUUUUGGAGCAUACAUUGGUCCUUUCGGGUGACCAUGUCGAGGACGGGGAUACGCUUCAGGGAUGGCCCGCUGAGGGCUUCCAAGGGAAGCGUGUUUAG